AUGGCUACAGCUUUGCACACUGCUAAGCAGUUUUUGCUUCUUUCGCUUCCCUUAAACGCGCAGCCUGCUUCUGCACCAGAUCAAAAGGUCGACACAUGGCUACAACAAGGUCUCUAUGGCGGCAGACCGUUCGUUUCAGACUUUAAGAUCCCAGAGUUCAAGAUUGGAUCUCUGGACACUCUGGUUCUGCAAUCCGAGGAACUUGCCAAGAUAGACACUCAGAUUGGUGGCUCGAUUGCCAAGAUUGUGGAAGUCUUGGGCAAUUUAAACGAGUCUCAAACAAACGCUUACAAAACGCUUCCUGUUGGCAAUGUGCCUGUCAUGGAAUACUUGGAAAACUUUCAUUGGCAGACGCGGAAAUUCAGACUUGAUAAAUCCAUUAAGGAUCUUAUUACCGAAAUUGCGGAUGAAUCAUCCCAGCUGGACGCUGAUGUUAGAGCCACGUCGACGAACUACAACAGCGCUAAAACUAAUCUUGCCGCAGCAGAGCGUAAGAAGACCGGUGACUUGUCUGUGAGAUCAUUGCAUGACAUUGUGAAGCCCGAAGACUUUGUUCUCGGAUCAGACCAUCUUACGACCGUGCUUGUUGCUGUUCCAAAAACUUUGAAAGAUGAUUUUGAAAAGAGUUACGAAAGCAUGGCGAAAAAUGUCGUUCCUUGCUCGGCUUCUAUUUUAAAGCAGGACAAGGAGUACAUUCUAUUCAAUGUUCAUCUGUUCAAGAAAUCUCUCAAUGAGUUUGUCAGUGCUUGCAGAGAAAAGAAAUUCAUUCCUCGUGACUUUGACUACUCAGAGGAGUUGAUUAAUCAAUUGACUAAAGAACUUGAUUCAGCUGCGCAUUUGGAACAGUCAUUGCGCAUCCAAUUGGUCCGUUUGGCCAAAACCGCAUAUUCAGAUGUGUUCAUGAACUGGUUCCACAUUAAGGCACUAAGAGUCUUCGUCGAGAGUGUUUUGCGUUACGGUCUUCCACCUCAUUUCAACACGUCUUUGAUUGCGGUUCCACCUAAAAGUUUGUCGGCUUGUAAAAAUGAAUUGAUUCAAGAAUUCGGCUACUUAGGCGGCAACGCCUUUUCCAAGGAUAAAGCAGGAAAGAUAAAGAAACAAGACAGUUCUUUGCACGAAUACGCCUCUCUCGUGGAUACAGAGUAUGAGCCAUUUGUUAUCUACACAGUAGAAUUGUGA